CGGGGAAGCGGAGGGAAGCGGGGAAGGCUCCGCUCCUCCUCCGCGGCCCCGGCCCCGCUCAUGGCGACGCUGGGCACAUCCGGGCCUCUCCUCCUUCUCCUCCUCCUUCGGCGGCCGCCGCUGCCCUGAGCGCCCGGCCCGGCUCCAUUCGCGCCUCCCCCGAGCCCUUGGCGGAGCAGCGGCGGGGGAGCCCCGGCCGGGGCCAUGUCCAACCCGGGGGCCCGGCGGAACGGGCCCGUCAAGCUGCGGCUGACAGUACUGUGUGCAAAAAACUUGGUGAAAAAGGACUUUUUCCGACUUCCUGAUCCCUUUGCUAAGGUUGUGGUGGAUGGAUCUGGCCAAUGCCAUUCUACAGAUACUGUGAAGAAUACACUUGAUCCCAAAUGGAAUCAGCAUUAUGACCUAUACAUUGGGAAGUCGGAUUCAAUAACGAUCAGCGUGUGGAACCACAAGAAAAUUCACAAAAAGCAGGGAGCUGGUUUUCUGGGCUGUGUCAGGCUUCUCUCAAACGCCAUCAACCGCCUUAAAGACACUGGUUAUCAGAGGUUGGAUCUCUGCAAGCUUGGGCCAAAUGACAACGAUACUGUUAGAGGACAGAUAGUAGUCAGUCUUCAGUCCAGAGACCGAAUAGGCACGGGAGGACAAGUUGUGGACUGCAGUCGCUUGUUCGAUAACGAUUUACCAGAUGGGUGGGAGGAGCGCAGGACUGCUUCUGGAAGGAUCCAGUAUCUAAACCACAUCACAAGGACAACGCAGUGGGAGCGACCCACACGGCCAGCAUCGGAGUACUCGAGCCCGGGCAGGCCCCUGAGCUGCCUGGUGGAUGAGAACACUCCCAUCGGCGGCACCAACGGCGCGUCCUGCGGGCAGGCGGCGGAUCCGCGGCUGGCCGAGAGGAGGGUGCGCUCGCAGAGGCACAGGAACUACAUGAGCAGGACACACCUGCACACCCCUCCCGACCUGCCUGAGGGAUAUGAGCAAAGGACAACUCAGCAAGGUCAGGUCUAUUUUCUGCAUACUCAAACUGGUGUCAGCACGUGGCACGAUCCAAGAGUACCUAGGGAUCUUAGCAACAUCAAUUGUGAAGAGCUUGGUCCACUGCCUCCUGGAUGGGAGAUCCGAAAUACAGCGACGGGCAGGGUUUAUUUUGUUGACCAUAACAACAGAACGACGCAGUUCACGGACCCGCGGCUCUCUGCAAACCUGCACUUGGUCCUGAACCGGCAGAACCAGCUGAAGGACCAGCAGCAGCAGCAGCAGCAGCAGGUGGUGUCCCUGUGCCAGCUGCCGGACGAGGCCGAGUGCCUGACGGUGCCGCGCUACAAGCGGGACCUGGUGCAGAAGCUGAAGAUCCUGAGGCAGGAGCUGUCCCAGCAGCAGCCCCAGGCUGGCCACUGUCGGAUCGAGGUCUCCAGGGAGGAGAUUUUUGAGGAAUCCUACAGGCAAGUCAUGAAGAUGAGGCCAAAAGACCUGUGGAAACGAUUGAUGAUAAAAUUCCGUGGGGAGGAGGGCCUUGAUUAUGGAGGUGUGGCCAGGGAGUGGCUGUACCUGCUGUCCCAUGAGAUGCUCAAUCCAUACUAUGGGCUCUUCCAGUACUCCCGGGAUGACAUUUACACGCUGCAGAUCAACCCCGACUCCGCCGUCAACCCGGAACACUUGUCCUAUUUCCACUUUGUGGGCAGGAUCAUGGGGAUGGCUGUGUUCCACGGGCACUACAUUGACGGCGGCUUCACGUUGCCUUUCUACAAGCAGCUGCUUGGGAAGCCAAUUACUUUGGAUGACAUGGAACUGGUGGACCCUGAUCUCCAUAACAGCUUAGUCUGGAUACUUGAGAACGACAUCACCGGGGUCCUGGACCACACGUUCUGUGUGGAGCACAACGCCUACGGGGAGAUCAUCCAGCACGAGCUGAAACCCAACGGCAAAAGCAUCCCCGUGACUGAGGAGAACAAAAAGGAAUAUGUCAGGCUUUAUGUGAACUGGCGGUUUUUGCGAGGAAUUGAAGCUCAGUUUCUGGCACUCCAGAAGGGAUUUAAUGAAGUAAUCCCACAACAUCUGCUGAAGACAUUUGAUGAGAAGGAGCUGGAGCUCAUCAUUUGCGGACUGGGAAAAAUCGAUGUGAACGACUGGAAGGCAAACACGAGGUUAAAACACUGCACCCCCGACAGCAACAUCGUCAAGUGGUUCUGGAAGGCUGUGGAGCUCUUCGACGAGGAGAGGAGGGCGCGGCUGCUGCAGUUCGUGACCGGCUCCUCGCGGGUGCCUCUGCAGGGCUUCAAGGCACUGCAAGGUGCUGCAGGCCCACGACUCUUCACAAUACACCAGAUCGACGCCAGCACUAAUAAUUUGCCUAAAGCUCAUACCUGCUUCAACAGGAUCGACAUUCCUGCCUACGAGAGCUACGAGAAGCUCUACGAGAAGCUGCUCACGGCCAUCGAGGAGACCUGUGGCUUUGCUGUGGAAUGACCCUGCCAGCCUCUCCCAGACUCUAUUUAUACUCCUGUCAGCCAGAAAGCCCUUCCUUCCCUCAGCCAAGACUCAAGAAAUGCUUGAAAUACAGGAAACUUUCCCUUUUCUACACUAGGACAUUGGGAGGGAAAGGACAACUUUUGGAUUUAUUUUUUUUUUUAAUUUUUAAAUUUUUUUAUUUCAAGAAAAUAGGUUCUGUGGUUCCUGCCAUAGGAUCAUUCAGCUGCUAUUAAAAACUAAUAUCUUGAACAUACAGAAUGCUGACUUUUCCUACAUUUCAACAGUUAAGCAGUAUUCUAUACUUAAAGACUACUACUAUUUUUGUAAGAGGUAAUCUAUUAUAUUUGCCUACCUGAUUUCUAUUCUCAGAUACCAAGACACAACUUCAGCAGUCGGUACAAGUCACGUUUCAGCCUGUUUUAAAUGUAUGAUACUGAACAGCAUCUAUACCUGCUAUUUUUGGAAAAAAAAAUAUUUUGGAUUAUUCUAACUUUGCAUAAAAUUGGCUGAAAGAAUCAUUAAUCUUUUUAAUGAAAGCCACUUACAUGUUAACUGCAUUUUCUUAUAGUAAACUAUGAUAUUCUGCAAUGUAAAUUCCAGGUAAAUGUUGCCACAGGGGCUUUUUUUAUAUUUUUCAAGCAGGAAUUCCGGAUAUGAUGUUUUGGGGUCCUAUUUAUAUCACUUGUCAGAUUCCUCCAGCAGAAUUUCUAGUGAGUGACACAGACUAUUUGGUACAGUCCUUGUGUUUACACGUGGAAUAACCUUUUCUUAAUGAACAGUAGAUGUUUUGAUUUUUUUUUUAAACAGCAUUUUUCUAACAAGUCUGUCAAGAGUACUUUUUGUUGCUUUUGACCUUAAAUUGAAACACUGCAUUUUUCAGCUGUUGAAGCACUGAUGGGCUUUGCCAGCAGAAGCCUGUCAGCAGUUUGUUCCAGAAUCCAUCCUGUCCAGUCAACCAAAGUUUGUUUGAAUGCAGCCAAAUCAUAUUCUGUAUUUGUUGAUGCUAAAGAUUUAUCAGGUAAAACAUGUUGUAAUCUCUGUCCAGCUGCUCAUGACACUUGGGUUUAAGUUACAGCUAAGGAAAAAUGGUGUAUUGACUGAAAUAUGUGUAAUGUGCUUUGGAAAUGAGGUUGUAAGAGCACAUAAUUUAUUGAUUGUAGGGAUGGAAGUAAGUAUAUAUAUGAUUUAUAGCAUGGGUUGAUCUCUUCAAAGGGGAAUAAAAUGCACUACCAGUAGAGGGAACUGAACUUUGAUGUUAGUUUGGAAAUUCUCAGUUGAGAUCUGUCUGAUCUGCUCUUGGUGUGUGGAUAAAUCAGGCUGCUUCAGACACAGUGCCCUUCUCCUCUCAGCCACGAGAAUAUUUGGAAGAAGUAGCAGUUUUUUUCCAAUCAGUGUUGUGUUUUUGUAACUUAGGUUACAAUUAAUCAUCAAAUCUGCACUAUUUUUUCACUGCCAAUGAGAAGAAAGUCAAAGGUAUUGAAAAUGCUAAAGGGAUGGGAUGUAAGCAGCUGUUCCAUGUUUGCAGUGGCAGUCACAGUGAACCAGCUAUUUACUGUCUGUUCUGUGCAGCUUAAACUAAAUCUUGUUCUGCCAAGUCUGACUGCCACAGUGAGUAAACUACUACUGGAUGUUGUGUGUUAGAGUAGUGGGCAAGGGACUACUUUUAUAGAAUUGUGGUGAGAAUCUGGUGAGCCAAAGCCACAUGUUGGUUUGAUUAUUUCUGUUGUACAGCUGUUGCUGGCAGCUUUGUUCCAAGGACUUUGCUUCCCUUUCUGGGCUGGCUGCAGGAUGAGGCUACUGAGGGAUGGAAACAGAAAGCCAAGAGACUUGCUGGGACAGCCAGGCUGGAGACACAGC